ACUUCAAGUGCGCGUCGUCAUACAUUCUUCAUCUCCGCAGCAAGCAGCACGACAAGUGCAAAGAAAUCUGCAAAAUGCGCCCUUGGGCUUUUACUUGGUUGCUUGUCUUUUUGACAUCAAUUGGGGCCAUAGUCGACGCUCAGGAAAACUUGCCAAUCAUCACGGAGGAAAUUCAAGAAUACUUAAAGGCUUUUAACUUUACAAGCAACUCCCAUUACGUCCGGUAUCCCGAUCACAAAUGUAACAACUUCCAGUCUGUGACUGCCGUCAAAGGAUGUUCUUCUGUGCUUCUCUGUUUAACUUUCAGAAAAAAGCCCCUGGCUCUACAAGUCACUUGCCGAGAUGGCCAUUCUUUUGAUUUUAAUAGCCAAACCUGCGUCCCAUCAUAUAAGUUGAACGACUCUUGCCUUCCUCGCAAGUCUCGUUUUACAUUGUCUCGGAAAUGUCCUAAUGGAGAGGGUCUAUAUCCAUCACAUGCAAGCUGCUCAAAGUUCUACAGAUGCAUCGAUACUGGGUUCAACAAUGGCAGUUUUACCAUAUACGAGUUUGACUGCGCUGAUGGCACCUACUUUGAUUCAGAGCUUCAAAGUUGCCAACAAGAUAUUUCCGCCCGCUGUACAAGGCCUAGUCUAAUAAUAAGAACCACUCCUACUCCCAUGGAAGUAUUACCACUUCCAUCAAACUGCUCGCUGGCACCACCAAAUCCGCAAGCUGUGAACUGCACCAGUCAGGGUCUCUACCCUGACUCAUCAGACUGCGCGGCUUUUUACAGGUGCCAAUCCUGGCAAGCUUCGACACCAGUCACUUAUACUUUAGCGUUCAUUGUCUACUUCUUCCGUUGUCCUGCAGGGACUAUUUUUUACCCCCAGGCCUUAGGUUGCGUCCAACCUGAUCUUAUCACAACUGGACUGUCCUGCUCAAACUCGUCAGCCUCGUUGGUAACCCAGAUUCCUCCAGCGCCUCCAACUAAGGUGCCAGAGACUGAUGGGACUCCUACUCCAAAUGCACCUCCCUCAGUGCCGACCGGAACAGCGACCCCCUCAGUGCCGACCGGAACAGCGACCCCCUCAGUGCCGACCGGAACAGCGACCCCCUCAAUGCCGACUGGAACAGCGACCCCGUCUCCCUCAGUGCCGACCGGAACAGCAACCCCGUCUCCUGCAGCGCCUGAUCCAACUGGAAUGACUCCCUCGGGACCCCCGAGGCCUCCGACUGAAGCGACCCCGUCUCCUACAGCGCCUCCAACAAAGGUACCAGAGACUGAUGGAAUCCCAACAAAGGUGCCCCCAACUGGAAAACCAGAUACACCGGCGACUCCGACUCCAGCAACCCCGACUGUGCCAGCCAAUACUCAGGCGCCUCCAGGUCCAGGUACCGAUGUUGUUUGCACCCAAAUUUCUUCGGGACAGCACCUGUUUGUUUGCCCAUCUGGAUUUAGGAGGCACCCUGAGUUCUGUGAUCGCUUCUACCAAUGCGCAGAGAACUCGAUUGAGCAAAUUGAACUUCUUGUUCUUAGCUGCGCUCAGCAGGGCUUUGUCUUUGAUGAUGCCGGCCAACGCUGUCGUAUAAGAACAGGCCCCUAUGAUCAACACUGUGCUUUUUCCAAACCAGCAAAUCGAUCAUCGCCUCAUCAUGAUUACAUCACUAGACAGCAGUAUACAAAGACACAUCCGGAGGUAGAUGGUGGCAAGGCCCUUUGCAUGGCGGAAGGUACAUUCUCCUUCCCGUCAGACUGCCAACACUUUGUCAAGUGCACUUUCGACGAAUUCGGAAUUCUCAGAGGAACUCUUAAGCGCUGCCCAGAGGGCUUCAUCUUCUGGGCAGUCUCCCGUCGCUGCGAGUUGGAACUGAAGGUGGCGCAGCGUUGUCCUGCUAAGGAUCCUGCCCUCGAAGCUGCAAACGUCAGCGUUGAUUACAGUAACAUUGGACAGCGUAGCCACAGGAUGAUGCUCUCUAUGGCCUGAAUUUUGUGAUGAAUUGUCAUGAAAAUCUUUUUGGGGAAUGGGAAAUAAGGUAAAAAAAACCUUGCAAAAUCUCUAUAAUUUUGCAGGUGUUUUAUGGUUGGUGAGAGGGAAACAGUUUAUAUCAAUUUUUUAUUUGUUUGUUGUUAUACAAUGAAUAAAAUCUAUGCAUUAUUAAAUUUUAAAAA